GAUUGGACUAUAAAACCCUAAAACUAAAACCCACGAAUUCGGUAAAAUCUUCGUCGCUGCUCAGACCGUCGUGAUCGACGAUGGCGUCUCUACUGCAAGAAACAUCCCAAAAAGUUCUCACACCGGAGAUUCUACGCUCCGCCGCCAAACAAUCACAGCGUUGUCUCGUCGUCCCAGUUCGCCUCCGCCGUGCCAUAAAGAAGUACCUUCGAGAACAAGAAGUGCCACAUUUGAAGAGGAAGGUGCUGAGGCUGUCUGAAUCAUUCAGUGGCAUCAAGGAUGUUAAUCUGCAGCUGGCAGCAACCACUUCAAAGGAAUUUGUUGAAGAUCCUCUGAAAUCCGUUGAGCAAUCCAAGCGCUGGAAGAUUAAGAGCUGUUAUGGUGAUAUUGGCUUUCAGUACACAGACGAUGAGACCAUUGCUUACGUCGCCUCCCGUAUGCCUGCUGUUUUCUCUGCGUGCUACAGAGUUCUUAACGAGGUUCGUAGAAGAAUACCGGAUUUCUCUCCAUCUAAUGUAUUGGAUUUUGGUGCUGGGACUGGUUCAGGUUUUUGGGCUCUGCGAGAGGUCUGGCCUGAUUCUAUAAAGAAAGUUAAUAUAGUAGAACCAUCACAAUCAAUGCAACGUGCUGGGCGGAGUUUGAUACAAGGCCUAAAGAACUUGCCACUUAUUCAUGGUUACGACAGCAUUCAGGCACUCAACAAAGAUAUUAGUAAGUCAGAGAGAGAACAUGACCUUGUCAUUGCUUCUUAUGUACUUGGAGAGAUACCGUCAUUGAAGGACAGGGUAACCAUUGUACGCCAGCUUUGGAGUCUUACAAAAGAUGUUCUGGUUUUGGUUGAACCUGGGACACCACAUGGAUCGAAUAUCAUAUCUCAAAUGCGAUCACAUAUAUUGUGGAUGGAAAAAAGAAAAUGGCACAAAUAUGAAAACAAGAAAAAUAUAGCUUCUAAGGACUUGGUAACUCAAACGUGUGGUGCUUAUGUAGUUGCUCCUUGCCCUCAUGAUGGAAAAUGUCCAUUAGAGAAUUCUGGAAAGUAUUGUCAUUUUGUUCAGCGGUUGGAAAGGACAUCUACACAACGAGCUUAUAAGCAUUGCAAGGGUGAAUCUUUAAGAGGCUUUGAGGAUGAGAAAUUUUCUUUCGUUGCUUUCAGGCGUGGACAACGUCCUCGGGAACCGUGGCCUCUCGACGGCAUGACAUUUGAGACGCUAAAGGAACAGCAUGCUAAAAGAAAUCCAGAAGAUCUAGAGAUCGACUAUGAGGAUCUAAUAAAGUUGAACACACAAGUUGUUCCAUACCAAGAAGUGGAUCCAGUUACAUAUGAUUCUGAUGUCAUGGAAACUGAGACUCUUGAUGGUGAUGAAGAACAAGAGGGAGAGAAUCAAGGAGAUUCACCGCUUGCUGAUCUUGGUGGUGGUUGGGGCAGGAUUGUAUUUUCACCGAGACAAAGGGGUAGGCAUAUAUCGAUGGAUAUUUGUCGAUCCACAAAACGGGACGCCUCGGAGGGUUCGUUUGAGCGGGUCGUUGUAACAAAGAGUAAGAACCCUACUUUACAUCAUCAAGCUCGAAGGUCAAUUUGGGGUGAUUUAUGGCCUUUUUGAAUUAUGUCUUCAUGGUGGGAUCACAUCCAUGCUACUUGAAAAUGUGUAUAGAGAAGCCUAGAGAGUUGCAUUGAUUUGGAGAGUCAAACUGAUCAAGUCAUUGAUAAUAUUUUUCUUUGAGUUCAAUGGGGAUUCAAAUCUCUAACUUCGUGGUCAAGAAGACAUCGGUUGAGACCUUUACCUAGAUUGGCAUUGAUGAUUCGUUAUUGGUAUUGAUAUUUAUAAUUCAUUUAUAUUUGAUAUUCAACUUAGUGUGGAA